AUGAUUCGAAAAUCGACAUCCUCCCCGCUCAACGCCAUUUUGAAAGGAAACGUCCUCGCGAAAAUGCGAUCGCCGACGGUGCUUGGAGCGCUCCUAUUAGGCAGCGUGGUGACAGCCACGCCGGCUACAUCGAGCAAUGACAGUCCCUUUUGGGGACGAAUUUACUUGCGCCAUGGGAUCGCGCCGAUUCAGUACUUUCGAGACUCGUACGGAGGAACCAUAACGGGAGACGAGUGCAAGUUUGUGACACCGUCGGACAAGCUCGGAUGUUUCGCGUUCAACGCAUCGGACAUUGCAUUAAUCACCAACACGUCGUUUGUCGUGUUGGAUCGCGGCGUGUGCUCGUUCGAAGUCAAGUCGAGAAACGUCCAAGCUGCUGGCGCCGCGGGUCUCUUAAUCGUCAGCGACUCGGAAGAAGUUGUUCGACCAGUGGCACAUGUGGACAAAGGCGAGAUCGAGAUUCCCACUGUCAUGGUGAGAAAGAGUGGAGGGGAUCAAAUUCGCGUGGCCGUGAAUCGCGAAGAUGUGUUUGGGCGACUCAUUCCCAUGACAUGCCCGCAGUCUGUGUGCGGCCCACACGAGCCGUCGCACCUUGCACAUUUGUCAUCUGUUGUUCGAGGGGGGUAUGUUCACUCCAGCGAAAAGAGUGACGCGGAGUGGGAAUUCUUGGCAUCUACGUUUGGAAGUCCUUUUCUCACGCACUUGCUCCCCGUGGUGGAGGCCAUGCCAUCGCAUGCAUGCCAUACACUUGAUCGAGACGUCACUGAUCGUGUUGUCGUGGUCUUUGUCGACGAUAGCAGUUGCUCUUUCCUGACAAAGGUCUCGAACGCGCAACUUGCUGGAGCUGCAUCUGUCUUGUUUGUUCAAACGGGUGGCGGUCCGCUCACUCGCCCGUUUGUGACCGAUGCGUGGGACGCGUACAACAUUACAAUUCCCUCAGCUAUGGUGUCCGUCAAGACGGCCCGGGAACUUCUGCGUCACAACUCUCCGGUCGCGCUGAAAGGCGACGCCCGAGUUGCCGACGCUUGGGAGAAAAUUGCAAGUCUCAAAAACUUGGCCGCAUGGCCUGCACGAAAGAAUCGACGGGAUGCAUUCUUGCUGGACAUUCUAAAGAAGCACGGACAUAGCUCAGCCAGGCGUCAAGCGAUUCGAGCCCAUUUCACAAACGUUGUUGGAGGGUCUAUAAGCUCCUGGGACACCAUUGAAGCCAAGCUCAACGAAGAAGGCCAUGACGAGCUGUAGGGACGCCUCUCGGCCUUGAAUUUGCCUGAUUAUACAAUGCUCCUGAACGCAUGCGUAUAUACACGAAGUGAUUUCCCAA